GCGCUACCGCUUCUAGUGGCGCCAUCUUUUUCGAACUAUAACCAACAUGUUCACGAAUCCACACGUUUGACAGAUAAAAAGUCUUUGCCUGUUUUGGAUUGGGGAAUUUCAAACCUGCAGCAUGUUGCUUAUUAUUCAAGAAAUUUUACCAAGUGGGAAAGUUUUUGAAUUUACAUACUAGGUAAGUUUUGGCAAAGUUCAAGGAAUGGUUGGCAGCAGCGUUUGUUUUGAAAUGUUUUGAAAGAAAAGGAGGUGUCGUUUCGAAAUUGAAGCCUGCUCUGCUCCUCGUGUCAUCAUGGACAGCUCUCUCUCUGAACCUGAAGAGGGCACUGGGCGGCUCUCACUUUCACUGGUUUCUUAUGGCUCUGAUAUUGAAGAAGCAGAUUCUUCCAUUACUGCUGCUGUUAACCAGUCUUCAGACACCCUUGUUCCUCAUGCUGUCGGUGACGUCACUGUGGGACUGAGUUCUACCCCUAUAUCGUCAUCUUCGGAGGAAGAAGAAAUGAUUGCUAGUGUUGCUUCGCAGCUUGGCUUGUCUGGCGUGUCCCAUGAAAAGUUGGAGCAACUAUCUUUUGCUAUGGAGAAAAUGCGAGCUUCUCAGCAAAAGUACAUAAGACUAAAAACUAUAUGGGAUGCUGUUGUGACUGUUGCCAAAAAGCCAAAUAGGUUACCAACACAGACUGCCCAAAAAGUUAAUGCUGCUCUAGAUCAUAUUGGUUUAUUAGAUUAUGUUGUUCCAAAUGAAGUGAAUUCUUGUGAUGGUGUGUUUGGUAUAUCAGAAAAACAUUUGGAAGAAUUGAUACCAAUUGACCUGACAGCUCUUGACAUUCAACAUUUGCGAGAAGCUGUAGAGGAAGAAAUAUGUCUUGAUCACCAGAGACUGUUGUCAGCAAAUAAAAGAUAUUCAGAUAUUAUGUCAAAAGUUUCCGGGCCAGUUGCUUGCAAUACAAGUAACAGUGCCGAACAGAAGAAUACUCAUGAACUGCUGUCACUUCGUCAGGAACUUGACCGAGAAAUUUGUGUCAAUGGGACUUAUUUGGAAGAGUUAGACAAUGUUUCAAGUAAUCUUUUAAAAGUAAAGAUUGAUAGCUUUAAACGCAUUAAUUCAAACAGAGUGGAUGCAUUCCAAAGAAGAUGUGAAAUUUUAAAAACACAUAUACGGUCUUUGAACGACCAAAUUGUCAAUGGAAUCUAUCUUGAAGAUGGGCAUCUUGUUGAUGCCUUCACUGAGCUGAGGAAGAAUGUGGAUAUGUUAGUAACAGAGGCAAAAUCAGAGUUAUCCGCUCUGCAGAAGAAGAAUGAUGAUUAUGAGAAGUUGCAGGGCACUCACUUUGAUAAAAUUUUAGCAGAGUAUCAAGACUUAAUGCAAAAAAUUUCAGAGAAAGAGUAUACAUUGAAAAAUAUCUCAAAGCGUUGAGACCUUCUUGUUGUUAGAAAAUAAAUAUGGUAAUGGGUUUGAAAUAA